CACACACACACACGCACACAAACACACACAUACACACGACACAUGCUGGAGUUCAACUGAUGUGUUUUUAAAGGUGAAACUGGGUUUUUGUUAAAGAUCCAUCCAGAAAUAUUGAAAAAUACUGAUGAUUGAUAAAUAUUUGAUGUCACCUAAUUAUUUGUGAAAAGCAAAUCUGCUCUUUCUCCAGAAUUUAUGAAAAUGAAACUUUUUAAAAGUGACACUUUCUUUGAAACAAUUAAACUCUCAAAGAAACAUCUCGUAUCUCAAAGACGACGUUAAAAUGUCUGAAGAGACUUAAAAAGACUCCCGACAGACUAGAAAUCUCCUCAUCGUAUAUUUAACAAUCUCUACAAAGACCUUAAACUCACAUUAACAUUAAGACGCUCACUCCGGAUAUAUCAGCACAGUGUCCUCUUCCACUGACUGAUUCAUUAAAGGUUGGUUCGGCGCCUCGGCUCUCUGCACAGCAUCACAGUGAAGCAGUAAUCUGCUGCUCUCCUGUCUAAAUAUAGCAGCAUAAUCUAUGGCCAUAAUCUGGCAUAUUACUAUUCCCACAUGGCACUGUGACUGUCCAGCAGAUAAGGAGGCAGGAACCACCAGGGCCACCCAGAGUUCACCACAUAAUGAAGAACAAAGAGCACAAACAUCCUCGUCCUGCUGGUUAGGGGGAGUCUCUGGAGAACCUCCUCAUGUCCACACUUUAAUUUAAGGGUCACGUCCAACCUGCAAGAAGUAAGAUGGUGAAAUGUUCAGGCCUCUAAAGUGAAGCUUCCAAUCUAUUUCCAUCUGGAUGCAACGGAUCAUAAAACUCACGGAUCAGAUCAGCACAAAAUAAAAAAUGGAGCAAGUAUAACUUUUAGUUCCCUGAUACUAAUUAUUGAUCACUGAUGAUCCAUAUGAACAGAUACAGAUCCCUUUGUUGUUUGAUUACAGCAGCUGAUCUACAAGGAUCCGAAUAUUUAUUAUGUCACCGUCCUAAAAAUCAUUUCAACGCUCUGAAGUCAGUAAACCAUCAAAAAUACCAAAUGUUCUACUCUUACUUUUACUUACCUACAUCCAAGGAAAUAGAUUGUUGAGGCCUAAAGAGGUCAAACACAAAAACAAGCAAGGAUCAGGGAAAAAUUAAUUGCAUCUUGAGGUAAUUAGCCUAGCUUAGCAGAAAGACUGAAAGCAGGGGGAAACUGCUAGCAUGGUUCUGUCUAAAGCUCAUAAUAAUAAUAAUAAUAGUCAUAAAUAAAUGUGUAGAAAUGUAGGAUGUGUUUUAAAACCUGCUCUAAACAUAGAGAUGAGAGGCCUGCUGGGCUCCGUGGGACACAUCAGGAACCACAACUCAGCAACUCACCCACACACACACACACACACACAUGCACACACAUAUAGACAUGCACGUGUCGGGAGGUCUGUCAGUGUCACAUUCGAGGCAGCGAUGCGCAUCAUGUGCUGCUGUUUAUCGCAUGACGAAAACCAAUCACAGGUCUUCCUCUAGCAAAAAUCUGAAAAAGACCUGUGAUUGUGGUUGAAACGUCACUAACACAUUUAAAGGGAGCUGAGACUCCAGCGUGCAGUUCAUGUUUAAAACCUGAACCUUCAUCUUAAAAACAAGCCUUUAACCUUCUAACAGUCCUUUAAACCUGCAGUGCAGAACCUUUGUCUCCCCCUCUGGCAGUGAGCGUAAUUACACCAAACAUUCAUGUUGUUUAUGUCGUAUGUCUGCAGGGGAGCUACAAUGCUAAUUUGUGUUUGUCCUCGCUGCCCGUAGCUUUCUUUUUUUCCUGCGCUUCAGCUUUAAUGUUCAAAUUGAGGACCAACUAAAAUGUCCUCACUAGGAGGUGAAGAACUAUUGGUCCCCACAAAGAUAGACAUACCGACACUUACACAUACACACACCUGCACCUGACAAAUUUAAGUCUGUUUCAUCAGAAUUAUCAGACUAGGUCAAAAUAGGAAGUUUAAAGUCAGAAGUAUGAGAUAAAACACACUUUAAGAGAGUUUUUAACUAAAACUUCUCUGAUAAUGAGUGAAUAGGUUUUAGAUAAAAGUUUUAAACUGUUAAAUUGUGAGUUUUAAAAUCCAAUUUAAGAUAACGUAUUAUUACUUAUUAUAAUUUGUCAUAGGGACUAGUAAUUUUUACUUCAGUUUUGUUCCUGACUUUACUCAUUUAGUUAUUUUUUUGCCUCAGACGAGCUUCCAUACAACCCUCUCGAUAUUUGUUGAAAGCUAACAAGUUAAAAGUUCCAAAGGCUCCAUGUUUUUUCUUUUUAAUGCGAUUAUUUCCGGCAGGAGACUUUAUUUCUGUAACAGCUUAUAAAACACAAUCAGGAGCAACUUAUCGACGAUCAGAAGACGUUUCAGGUCUCCAGCUCAAACGUAUCGGUUCUGACCGCUGCAGGGUGACCACUUUGUUUAGUGCUUUAAAGACCCUGAUUUUUCUCCCUCUAGGCCUCCCGAACUCCAGAAACACUCCCAGCCCCAUCGACCCAGACUCCAUUGAGGUUCCCGUCGGGUACGAGCCCGACCCGGCCGACCUGGCUCUGUCCAGCGUGCCGGGUCAGGAGAUGUUCGACCCACGCAAACGCAAGUUCUCGGCCGAGGAGCUGAAACCGCAGCCCAUGAUCAAGAAGGCUCGCAAGAUCUUCAUCCCAGAGGACCUGAAGCAGGAUGACAAAUACUGGGUCAGGCGCAGGAAGAACAACAUGGCGGCCAAGAGGUCCCGGGACGCCCGGCGGCUGAAGGAGAACCAGAUCGCCAUCCGAGCCUCCUUCCUGGAGAAGGAGAACUCGGCUCUGAGGCACGAGGUGGCCGAGCUGAGGAAAGAGCUUGGACGCACCAAGAACGUCCUGGCCAAGUACGAGGCCAGCACGGGCCGCUGUGAGGACACACACAUAUGAAUAUAUAAAUAUAUGAGUAUAUAUGUAUACACAACAACACUCCUCCUGAUCCACCAGCAGCCCUCCUCCACAGUCCUGAAGGGUUGAGUUCAUCCUCUCUGACUUUGACCGGUUGGUGGACGACCAAUCAGAUAAAAACUCACUUUGACUCUUUACAAUCUGUUUCUUUUCUUGGUUCCCUUCUGAAGACCUCAAGCUUUAAAAACACACAAAUAGUUUUUUUCAAACAAACGGGAGAAAAUAAUGACUUUGUUGGGGACUAUUUUCAGCGGCGGAUUAAUCCACAAAACGUCUUUAUGACGUCCCCGGUUUUGCCAGCGGACGUUGUGGCUGUGACUCCUCCCACGUUUGACCUCUGGCCCCGCCCCUCCCCCAGUAUAAGAUACAAAGGCACUUUAGAACCGCCGACGCCUCGCUCUCUGCCCGACUCCCCCUCCCAGACCCUGUGCAGGUGUUGUUCCCACAAUGCACCUGUCCACAUGUACAUACCAGCCCCUCAUGACUCGCUGUUGUGUGGUGAGUGUUGUUGUCGACUGUGGAAUCACUUUAGAACUCUUUACUACAGACCAACAGGAUAUAUAAAGGACAUACUGAUAUACAAAUAUAUAUAUAUUGAAGGUUUUAAUGUUUAUACAGAGAUAUUGUUUUUCUACAUAGAUAUUUCCUGUGUAUCUUCCUGAGGUACAUAGAUAUUAAACAUAUAAAUAUAUUAGGAAUGUGCAUUUCAGAACUCCUCUCAGCUUGUGUAGUUCAAAUACCUCGAAGCCUGCGUCACACCUGAGCAGCUGUUUCCUACAUGUGCUCGCACAACCAGGAGCCUCUUUGUGUUCAUUUCACUUUUCUCUUCGUUCAAAGAUAUUUUGUUUUCCUAUUUUGGGUCCUUGAUUAUGUUUCUCAUGAUCAAUAAUAAAAUAAAUGAAGAUUCAAAUCCA